AUGCAGGAUCAAUAUUUUCCUCCCACUUCCUUUUAUACUAUACUAGUCAAUCAAUUCUUCAAAACUUACUCUUUAUUUACAAUCUAUAUUUCGCCGAUUCAUAUUCUCUCUCUCUCUCUCUCUCUCUCUCUCUCUCAUUCUCUCUCUGAUUCUUCGAAGUUCCAGUGUUUUCCAUUCACCCUUUGCCUCUUAGCCUAUUUCCUAUCAUAUUUUAUUCCACAUCGAUCCAACUCGGUCCGCUUAGCCAUGUGUUUAUUUGCUAUGUUCAAAUUCAGUCCGAUCCGACCUCAUUCUGACAAUCACUUUUACCCAACCCUCCUCUAUUCGUACUUCACCCUCCAAUUCCCACGCCAAACUCAACCCUCCUCCUCCUCAUCCUCCUCCUUCCAGCACUCCAUCCCCCCUACCACCUCUCCCCACCAUUUCCUUUCCUCCUACCACUUUCAAAGAUGGCCACUUGAUUAG